AUGGCGCUGCGAGUGGCGGCGGAGAAGGCAGCGAGCGCGUCGAGCCCGGCCGUGACGCUGUACCGCUACAUCACGAAACAGGUCCCGCGUGUGCUCACGCUGUACGACAUUCCCAUGGAGCCGUCCGAGGCGCGACUGGCGGUCCAGGCGCUCUUCCGGCAGCACGCGGACGUGAAAGACCCGCGCGUGGUGGAUAUGCUCAUUACGAAGGCCAAUAUGGAGCUGGAGGAGACGCUCAUGCAGUGGAAGCAGAAGGUGCACCUCAUGACACUGCUCGAUCACGGCCAGGCGCUGCGCACGCCUGUGUCGGCUGUGGAUUCGGCGCAGCAGUCGCUCGAGAAGUUCCUGGCGGGCGUGGACGACGACGACGACGACGAUGAGCUUUGA